AUGAAGAAACGGACUAUAUCGAAACUGAAAUCAAUAUUUGGUUCGAAAAAGGGCAAAAAACAACAAGAGCAUCAGCAGUCUUCCAAGUCUUCUCGAGCGACGACACCGGAGUCUUUGGAACCGGUAUCUCCAAUUGGAAAUGAAUCGUUCCGGCCAAUACUUCGUACUCCACCGCCUUCGCGAGUCGGGCCCCCUCCAUCACCUCCAGUGCCCACGUCACCUAUAGCCCCUGUAGCCCCUGAACCUUCGGGUCCAUUACCGUUGUCACCAUGCCCUGUAUGUGGCCGCACGUUCGUUCCCGCAUCACUUGCGAAACAUGUCAAAAUAUGCGAGAAGAUGACCGUGAAGAAGCGAAAAACUUUCGACUCUUCAAGACAACGGCGUGAAGGCACGGACUUAGAACAAUACUUGCCAAAGAAUUUCGGUCUUCCAGAAAACAGCCCCUUCCUCGAGAAGAGCCCACCUAACACUGCCAAAGCUGCUAUCAAACCUAAGACUCAUUCGGUCAGGAGUGUGAUAACUAAGCCUACAGCGGAUCUCCAGAAAUGUCCGCAUUGUCACCGCGCAUUCGGAAUACGCGCGUUCGAGCGUCACGUGGAGUGGUGCGCGGACAAGGCGAAGAUACUGCCGGCGGCGCCCGCGCAGCCGCCGCCCCACAUCGCUGACGCUAAACAAAGGCUCAAUGCGAGGACCCAGUAUAAAGCACCGCCAGUGCGCGGGAGACGAUCGUCCCAAACUCGGGAGAAGUCGUCGAACAGCCGGUCGGCGUCGGUGGAGUCGACGCGCGGCAUCUCACCGCCGCGCGAGUUCGGGGACUACAGGCAUGCACGGACUAGAGCCUCAGAAUCGAUGUCUAGCAACGACUGUCACGACGACAUCUCACCGCAUAUGCCUGUAAUAAGAAACUCGAGGGCUCCACAGAACAGUUCGUCCGGCGAUGCGAAUGUUAAGGCGAGGCAGGCGAGGCUUGCUAGAGACCUCAGCAGCUCUAGAAAUAUCCAAGAAUCCCACACAUGCUCUGUGCAACAAACCAAAACCGAUCCUAACGUUAAUAAAAAAGAUGCUCAAAAACCUAUAAAUAGACUUAAUGUCAAAAAAAGGAAACAGUUAAAGAAACUUGAAGAGAUUGCCAACAAAUAUGCCGAAAAAAAUAAAAAUACACAAGAAAAAUCUAAUGAAAAAUCCUAUAAUAAAAGUGUUAAUAAAAAUGAAAUUUCAUCUAAAAGCCAAAUUCCUGUACCAAAGAAAGUAAUGCUAAAAGAAGCAAAGCAAAUAGAAAAUGAACUUUGUUCAGAGAGUAAAUCUGACCAUUCUAAAAAUAUACAUGAAUCUAAUGUUCAAUUAUCGAAACCAUCUCCAAAAACUAAAACAAAAGAAAAACAAUAUUCAUCAAAGAAAAUAAAAGAGAGUACUAUGAGUUUAGACAGUCUCGAUGAACCUAUAGAUACAAAACAAAGAAAGAAUUGUCAAUCAGUAGGAAUAAAUACUGAAUUGUUAUGCCCGUGUGUCCCGUGCGUAAUACACGAAACAGACAAUACACCGCUGACUAAAAAACAAAAUAACAACAUAAAAUUCACCGCAAAUGUUGUAAAUUUAAAAUACAGUAAAAAGGAUGAUUUAAAUCAAGUCGUCGAAUUACUGUAUAAAAAUCCUAACAUGGUUAGUUCUUGCGAUAUUGAGAUUAAAAAAAUUAACGAAGAUAUUAAUCUAAAUGAAACUGAAUCUGCUAAAUAUUUUAGUAAACAAUCAGUAACAGAUACAUGUAAAUCGUUUAAUGAUAAUCAGUUCUGCAUAAAAGAAGAUUCGGUAAAAAUUACCAAUGCGAUAGAGAACACAGUGAUACCCGAUGUUGCUGAAUCAAAACAGAUUAUAUUAGAAAAUAGCAACGAUAAUAUUUCACAUUUAUCAAUAGAGAAUAUUGAAGAAAACUACGAACAUGAUUUAAGUGAAGAAAAUUUCGAGGAUUCCUUUGAUGAUAAAAAAAAUAUAAGCAAUGAAGAAGAAGACAGCAAAAACAGAAUUUGUCGUCAUGGCAGUGGUGACACGUAUACUAAGUUCUCUGAAGACCCAGCAGAUUUAGAGGAAUUUCUUUCUUUAACUGAUAAAAUGAUAGAUGAUCACGAAAAGAGAGAAGCACAAAAAUCUGAUAUAGAACAAUGCAUUGAAAAUAUUCACACUCCUCGAACUAAUUCUAUGGAAUCCAUGAUCAAAGAUGUUGCUGAUAAGAAGGAAAUUGUUAGUCCUAGGUUAAAACCCCUUUUCUCUGACACUUUUGAAGAGUUGAAAAGUAACUUAAAAGAUAUUUUAAAUGUAGGUAGCGAUGAAACUGAUAUUAUAAAUAACAAUAAAAAUGUUGACGCAAAUAAAAAAAAUUGUGAUAUGGAACACAUUACAGUGUAUGGAAUAAAAUUUUAUGACCGAGAACCAACAGUUAUAAGUGAUUCAGAAAACGAAUUAAAGCUAAAAUUACCAUCGAUUAGUGAAAACAAUAAGUGUACACGAAAAGACGUUAAAAAGAAAAGCAAUAUAUAUAAAGUAAAUAAGAAAUGUAAAAUGUUGGGUCAACAUAAGAGAUCUGAUAGUGAUUAUAGAACGUUCAUCAUAAAAGAGAAUCAAGAAGAAAUCAGUGACGGAGUGCCGCCUUUGAAGUUGCCUCGUAUUGACAAUAAGAGACUUGACGAUAAUUACGAUCCCUUCGCAUCGGCAGCUAGACAGAUGAAAGAACUUAUGUCCUCAGACACCAAUAUACCUAAAAAAUCCCAAAGUUCCAAAGAUCUAAGCAGAACCCUUCCUAGCUUACGCCCGUCUAAAGAAAAAAUAUCGACAUCGUACCGUUCUGAUAACACUAAAAUGAUUAAAGACACUUUAAACAAAACUUAUCAAAAAACCCCGACAUUACAAAGAAUGAAAUCGUUUGGUAGCUCUAAUAAUGAGAAUAGUACUAACACAUUCGGUGGCAGGUGUAGUUCCUUCAGAUUAAACAGAAACGAUAAGAAACCUACUCCAAAACUCAAUACAACUUUCACAAAAUCGAGUAAAGAAAAUAUUAGCACGGAGAAAACUUACUUUAGUCGCACUAGUAAUUUAAACAGAUCGUUUUCGAGUUACUCUAACUCGACCUAUAGUACCCCCAAACUCAAAGAUAAAAUCCCAAAAAUGUCGCAAUCUAUGCAUCAUGGGUUUCAGCGUAAUACAAUAAAACAACCGCUAAAAUUAGACAAAAUAAAUAAAAAUGAAGAAAAGAAAGACUUAGUUAAUCUCGACGCGAUCCUUGCUUAUGAUAAUACUUCUAUGACGGACAGUAGUUAUAUAGAUCCCAGACUCAUUAACGAAAAUGAUAAUCUGCCAAUUAAUGUUAAUACAAUAUUAAAUAAUCCUGACAUGAUAAGUAGCAUGGAAUCCUUGCUAACUACUGAAAACUUACCCGCUAAAUUCGAUUCUUUUAAUACAGUUAAAAACAAUCACAACGAAAAAAAUAUGUCAGAUUCCCUAUAUAAUAAUAAAGUUGAGAAAAAUAAUAACCAUAGCAAUAAAACGAGCCCUCCCUCAAAUUUUGGUUCUCAGUACGAUAAAAUUAUGUCUUCUUUCGAACAAAGCAUUGCGUCAAAGACUUCAGUGAGAGACGACGAUUCUCUCUGCGAAGACUUUGAUAUCGAAGAAUUCAUGAUUACAUUCGAUGAGGAGGUUCUUAAGCAAAAAUCUGAAAAGCGUACAUACAGUUCUACAACUAGAGUAUUCCCGCAAUCCGAACUCUGUAACGGUACAGAAACAAAAGUCGUAAAUUCACCAAAAAUAGUAAAUAACAGUAGUAAUGGUUUGAUUCCAGUUAACAAAUCCACUUCUCUUAUUUUUAGCAGUAACAAUAUCGUAGGCGAUAAGCUAUUCCCAUCCUCAGUCAAACGUUCCACAUCCCUCCUUGAUUCCAUUCAGAAGAAAUCGGGACCAAAACUAGACAGCACCAAGAGUCGUCACAAAACUGACCAACUUGAGCAAGAUUUGAUGCAGUCUCUGAAAGAUUUCGACAAAUUCUACGAAUCCGAAAGGGUAGACAACCACACAUCGAACAAAGAGAUUGUUAAUAACAAUAAAAAUUUACAUAACGAACUGAAAAAGAAAGAUCUUCGUCGUAAAAAAGAUCAGAAAAUGAACAAAAAUGACUCGAUUACCAACGGAAAUCACACGCCCAAUGGGAAAUCAAGCAAUGACUCGGCGUAUAGCAGGUUAGUCAGUUUGAACAGAAUUUCGCCAUCUAAGUUAUCAUUGUGUAAUGCAAAAGAGAGUAAUGGAGCUAAUUCGCUCGAACAAAUCCCGGCUGGUUCAGACUCGGGUGCAAGUCACAAAGAUGAAGUACGCUCUAUAUCUAGUGAUGAGUUCUUAGCGAUGGAAAGAUCAGCGGAAUUGGAGGAACCGAUAUCUCGUACUGAAAAUAUUAAAGAGUUGAGCGCACCUUCUAUUAAUGAUAAACACACACUAUCACGGGCAUCAUCACGUCAAAGUCCUUGGAAGCGGCAAGAAAACCUGAGCUCUAGUAGUUCCGAAAGCAUACACCGCCGGGACCCGAACCCACCACGCCUCUCGCGCUUUUGCCACGAAUGCGGGAGUAAAUUUCCAGUGGAAACUGCCAAAUUCUGUAUAGAGUGUGGUGUCAAAAGGCUAUUAGUC